AUGACUGCCUCAGUUUCGUGCCGAGAUGGAGACCGUGGCGAUACCAGACGUGAUUUGCAGACCGCUGAGGGAUUAGCUGGCUUUGCAAAUCCCGCGAGCCAGUCCAUCGUGGAUCUUGGUGGUGCGGGAGAGGAUGCUGCCCAGGUAUGUGAAGUUGCCCACCACUUGCAGUUGGGCGCCGUUCACGUUGGCGGCGUCGGGUGACAGUUGAUACAUGACCACUGUCUUGAUCGCCAGGCCGAAUUUGUCGCAGGUAGCGGCGGCGAAGAGAUCCAUGCCCCCCUUGGACUUGGCGUUGAGGGCGCAGACGUUGUCGAAGAGAAGUUCAUGGAUGGUGGUUGUGGAAACACGCGGCUGGAAGUGCGUCCGUCAGUCUGCCACUCAGCGCAAACGCACACACAACCGGGCUAACUGCGCCGACUGACUCGGUCGGCAACCUUUCAAGCCACGGCGAUCGCCCCACCAUGACAGCCUGAGGCGGAGGGGCCGCAUGGAGAAUGUGCCGUAACGCACACUUCCCGCUUGCGUGGAAGGUGGUAAUCGGGUGUUUGUGAUGGGUACGAGUGCAGGUGGAGGAAAGUGUGAUUUUGUGGUGCAUCCGGUGGUUGUCAACCACAGGUUUUCGUAAGUGCGCAUACGACCUUAUCAGCCGAUGCGGUAACCCAGAGUACGGGACAUUAAGGGCAAUUGGGGCGGGUGCGGUGGAUGUAGGUUGGUGCUCCAAGCACUGGUUCGCCAGUCUCUAUGCGAUGGAUUCGCAAGUGACUGGCCAUGCCGAUGUGUGUGUGGGGGAAUGUUCGAACGCAGGUGUGGACAGGUGUGAACCGAGUCCACAUCGCUGGAGGCGGAAGUGCUUCUGGUGAUGGUAGAGCUUCGGACGUCCCCUCAUCGGUGGGAACAGGGCGUGCAGACUUUAUCGAUGCAGGGAUUGGGGCAGGGCGGUGAGACAGAUGGUGGCGGUCGGGGGGAGGGGGGGCAGGAGCGAGUGUGGGAGAGGAGGCAGACGUUGUUGGGUUGAUGGCACAUUGGGCCCGAAGGUGUCCAAUGAGACCAGCUCGUGCGCAGAAUGCGCGUUAGCAGCGCAGGCAUGUUGGAAACGGCGGAUGGUUAGCACUAAGGCGACGGCGGCGAUCCGAUUUACUUCGUAGAUGGCAGCAAGUGCUCGGCCCAGCACUUCAGAAUCUGCGACAUCUCCGUCAGAAGCGCUUACCCCUCAGAGCUGAGAUGCGACGCAAUUCCUCCUGCUGGGCGGCCGUUAACGGCCUUGACCACAGCAAAGAUGUUCUUUGAUUCUUUGCGAUCGGCAUAUCCCUGGAUCUAUUUGGCCCUGUGAGCCAUCCAGGUGUCCCGCAUUUCUCGCAGCUGUUGCUGUGUAAGGCGGCGACAUUGGCAGAAGGCUGCUUUGUUUGCGUCGUGUGGGUAGUCGAGGUAGGCUCUGUGCAGACCGUUCUUCUCGGCUGCUGAAAGUUGGCGGCGUGCGCGCCGUUGACUGGACUGUGUCCCCCAGGUGACAUCAUCGAUUCUCCGCAGAGGCUUUCUCGUCAGCAGCGGUGGCGGCGGCGGCAGUGACUGGAAGGUUGUCUAGCCGUUGAGCUAGGUCGUUGCUGAAAAGAAGAUGGUGAGCGGGGAAAGACAUCAAGGUAAUAUUCAGCUUACCUGUGGAUCGUUUACCUUGUGGUCUUCUGCGAGGCUACAGGCGAAUACGCAUCUUCGAGAUGACGAGGAGAUGGUCGGCCCACCCGUCUGCACCCGCGAUCGCCUUUGUCACCAGCACGUCCCGCUGAUCACGCCUCCGGACGAGGACAUAGUCCGGCAGGUGCCAUUGACGCGACCGAGGAUGCCUCCAGAUGGCCUUCUCUCGCUCCGGCAGACAGAAGUACGUGUUCGUCAGGAUGAUGCGGUGUUCUGCGCAGAUGCGGAGGAGGAGCAGGCCGUUGUCGUUGAAGCAGCAGAGACCAUAGGGACCUAG